AUGGCUGGAGGAGGUGGAGCACAAAAGGUGGAUGAGUUCCAACCACACCCUAUCAAGGACCAACUUCCCGGCGUCGACUUCUGUGUCACAUCUUCUCCUCCAUGGCCUGAAGCCAUACUUUUGGGAUUUCAGCAUUUCCUGGUAAUGCUUGGGACCACUGUGAUCAUUCCAACCAUACUUGUCCCUCUAAUGGGUGGUGGCGAUGUGGAGAAGGCUGAGGUGAUAGAAACUUUGCUCUUUGUUGCGGGUAUUAACACACUCUUGCAGACUGUGUUUGGGACUAGGCUUCCUGUUGUGAUGGGGGGUUCUUAUGCCUUCAUCAUCCCUGCUGUCUCCAUUGCUUUAUCCCGGAGGUUCAGUGUAUACAUAGACCCCCACCAGAGGUUUAAACAAUCCAUGAGAGCAAUACAAGGAGCAGUCAUAGUUGCAUCUUUCUUCCAGAUGAUUCUUGGCUUCUUGGGGUUUGUGAGAAUUUUUGGGAGGUUUCUUAGCCCUCUCUCUGCAGUUCCUCUUGUGACGCUUACUGGACUUGGGUUCUUUGUAUUUGGUUUCCCUCAGCUGGCAAACUGUGUUGAAGUUGGACUACCAGCAUUGAUUAUACUGGUUUUUCUAUCGCAGUACACGAUGAAGUUAAAACUGCCUAUAUUUCACCGAUUUGCAGUACUAUUUUCUGUUGCAAUUGUAUGGGUAUAUGCAGAAAUUUUGACUGCAGCUGGUGCAUACGACAAAAGAUCUCCUAUAACUCAAAGAAGUUGCCGCACUGAUCGUUCUGGGCUUGUUAGCUCUGCUCGUUGGAUAAGGGUUCCCUAUCCAUUUCAAUGGGGGCGUCCUGAUUUUAAUGCUGGGGAUGCUUUUUCAAUGAUGGCUGCAGCUUUUGUUGCCAUUGUUGAGUCAACCGGUACCUUUAUUGCCGCAUCAAGAUAUGGGAGUGCCACCCCUCUACCACCUUCUGUUCUCAGCAGAGGUAUUGGCUGGCAGGGCAUAAACACAUUUCUGGAUGGCAUAUUUGGCACAUUAACUGGUUCCACGGCAUCAGUUGAAAAUGCAGGUCUUUUGGGAUUAACGCAUAUUGGAAGUCGGAGAGUAAUUCAAAUAUCGGCAGGCUUUAUGCUCUUCUUCUCUGUAUUAGGAAAAUUUGGGGCUGUUCUUGCUUCUAUACCAUUACCUAUUGUGGCGGCUUUGUAUUGCGUCCUCUAUGCCUAUGUUGCUUCUGCUGGUCUUGGUUUGCUCCAGUUCUGCAACCUAAACAGCUAUAGGUCAAAGUUCAUUGUUGGCUUUGCUCUCUUCAUGGGUCUUUCUGUGCCCCAAUACUUUAACGAAUACCUCGCAACUUCUGGUCAUGGUCCUGUUCACACUGGUUCUACUUGGUUCAACAAUAUAGUGCAAGUAAUUUUUUCAUCCCCAGCAACAGUGGCAAUUAUAAUUGCUUUCUUCUUGGACUUAACUGUCAGUCGCCAACACAGCGCAACUCGGAGAGAUAGUGGCCGGCACUGGUGGGCAAAAUUCAGGAAUUUUGACUCAGAUACUAGGAGUGAAGAGUUCUACUCAUUGCCAUACAACCUUAAUAGGCAUUUCCCUUCAGUUUGAUGCUAAGCAUCCUUUCACUCCAUCCAAUACUUUUCAUUAAUGAACAGCUCAAAUAGAGGAAACUAAGGAAGAGCGUCUUGUGUUUUGUUGUCAAGUUGACAAAGUAAAAAAAAAGGGAUAUGUAUAGGAGCAAUUUGGAAUGGGAAACCAUCUUGGGUAAUUGAAUACACACUGAGCUUGUAAUUAUGUUCUUAUAG